AUGGCUUUUCAGGACCUCCUAGAUCAAGUUGGUGGUAUGGGGAGGUUCCAGAUAAUUCAGAUGGCUUUUCUUCUUCUCUGCAAUGCCAUGGUAUUCCCUCAUGUUAUAUUGGAGAACUUCACUGCUGUCAUCCUUGGUCAUCGCUGCUGGGUCCACAUACUCGACAAUGACACAGUCUCUGACAAUUCCACUGGGACUCUCAGCCAGGACACCCUCCUGAGGAUCUCCAUCCCACUAGACUCAAACCUGAGGCCAGAGAAGUGCCGGCGCUUCAUCCACCCACAAUGGCAGCUCCUUCAUCAGAAUGGGACCUUCUCAAACAUGAGUGAACCAGACACGGAGCCCUGCAUGGAUGGCUGGGUAUAUGAUCGAAGCUCCUUCAUCUCCACCACCGUGACUGAGUGGGACCUGGUGUGUGAAUCUCAGUCACUGAAUUCAGUGGCUAAAUUCUUCUUCAUGGCUGGAAUAUUGAUGGGAGACAUUAUAUGUGGCCAUUUGGCAGACAGGUUUGGGAGGAGGUUACUUAUGAUGUGGAGUCUAUUCCAGCUGGCCGUCACGGAAACCUGUGCUGUUUUGGCUCCCACCUUCCUGGUUUACUGCUCACUACGCCUCCUGGCUGGCAUGUCCACCUCAACUAUCCUGACAAAUACUGUUCUUCUCAUUGUAGAAUGGACAACCCCAAAAUACCAAGCUACAGUAACAACAGUGGCAUUAUUGUCUGCUAGUAUUGGACAGAUCAUAUUGGGAAGCCUAGCUUAUGGUAUUCGAAACUGGCAUACUCUCCAACUGGUUGUGUCUAUACCCAUUUUCUUCUUAUUUAUUUCCUCAAGGUGGGUGUCAGAGUCAGCUCGGUGGCUGAUUAUCAACAACAAACCUGAGGAGGGCUUACAGAAACUUAGAAAAGCUGCGCAGGUGAGUGGAAUGCAGACUUCUGCAGACGUCCUAACCAUGGAGACUGUAAGAUCCACCAUGAAGGAGGAGCUGAAGGCAGCACAGAUAAAACCUUCUCUGUGUGACUUGUUCCACACACCCAACCUGUGUAAACGGAUCUGUCUCCUGUGCUUGAUCAGGUAG